AGUGCAUAAGAUAUAUACGGAAAAAUACCGGUUUUGCUAACAUUAUUAUCUAAAAAUUGUGCUAAGAAUAAAAAACAAUUUUGUUGGACUGUCUAAUAUAAAAUCUAAUAUAAAAUUUUUAAUUUGUAUCGAGCGAAAUUUUUAGAUACUUAGUAAACCGUUCUUUUUGUGCAUACAAUCUAUAAACAGCACCGUGAUAAAAAAUCAUUAAACGUAUUAAAAAUGACUUACAAAUAUUUUUGGGCUGUGUCAUGCUGAAAGAUGUCUUUAAGACCUUUUAGAAUGACAUAACUUCCAGUUUAAUUUAAUAACAUUGUGCGUUUUUAACAUGUUUUUUCAUUCCUAUGUUAAAUUAUUACAUAAAUUUGAAUGAAACGUGAGACACAUGUAUUCAAUUUAAUGUAAUUUAUUUUUAGCUAAACAAUGUGUGCAUUGUUUGCAACGUUUAAGGGGUUAAGCACGAACGUAUAUAUCCCUUUCGCGCGAGGGUGAGACGAAACCCCGAUCGACGACCCGCCCUUCCACGAUCCCUUUCGCGACGGGUUUGGAUCACUGCGAUGCUGAGUGAUCCAAAAACGUAAUGAUUAGACGCGGAGUGAUUCAAUACAAUUGAAAUGCUCCGUGUGACACGGUAAUCAACGCGUUCCUACUAUUUUUUGCGAUAACGUAGACGGGAGAGAACGGUGCACCGAGUCCGGCGAAACUAUUACUAUUCUGCAACGCGAUUAUAAAUUCAAGAGUGCGAUAAGAUCGCCGAACACACUGCAGCAGGUGUCCCGAAGCACUCGUCGGCUAUCACACACGUUCGCUCUCGUACGUCACUCGAUACCACCGUCCGGUACCAUAUUAAACCGAAUCAGCCUUUGGAUCAUCUCAAUCGGAAUUAAUCGGAGACGUGCCCCCGUCGUUUCCGGCUAUCUCUCGAUUAGCAGCAGCAAGUACCGGCUAUCUCUUAGCUAUGAGCACAACCGCCAGCGAUCUUGGGAACGGUGAAAAGUCCAUUAAAUUUACCAUCAAUGGAACGCCGCAUACGAUAUCGGGAAAUAUACCGGCUGACACGUCCCUCAAUGUCUACAUUCGCGACCACGCAAAACUCCGCGGUACAAAAGCGAUGUGCCACGAGGGUGGCUGCGGCGUCUGUAUAGUGGCUGUUGAAAUCAAGGGCGAGACAAUGGCUGUGAAUUCUUGCCUCAUACCGAUAUUAAUCUGCGACGGAUGGGCAAUUCACACAAUCGAAGGUAUAGGAAAUAAACGAGAUGGUUAUCACUCGAUUCAAGCUGCGCUUGCUGGAAAAAAUGGCUCGCAAUGCGGAUACUGCUCUCCCGGCAUGGUAAUGAACCUUUACAGCCUUGUGCAGAACAAGAAAUUGACUAUGCAAGAAAUUGAAAAUUCUUUCGGUAGUAACAUUUGUCGAUGUACAGGCUAUCGCCCAAUUUUGGACGCGUUUAAAGGAUUUGCCAGCGAUGCAACCCCACAACUGGCAAAGGACAUUCGUGAUAUUGAGGAGAUCUAUAAGGUCAAAACCUGUCCAAAAAACGGAAUGCCGUGCAAAAGCAAAUGCGUCAAUGGACAACUCUCAGACGGAAAUACCAAAACGCUGGAUAUCAAAUUAACAGACUCGAAGUUUCAUAAAGUUUACUCGAUCGAAAACCUAUUCGCGAUAUUUCGGCAGAACCCGGAUGCAACGUAUAUACUACACAGCGGAAACACAGCUCAUGGUGUUUAUCGGACGGGCAAGAGCGACUUCCGCAUCGACAUAAACGACAUCCCGGAUUUGCGCCGCAUAGAAAAGACCAACGAAUCUUUGACCCUGGGCGGAAACAUAUCCCUCACUACGGCAAUGGAGACUUUCCGCAAGUACUCGUCUGAGAACGGAUUCAAGUACCUGCAUCACCUAGCCCAUCACAUCGACCUGAUCGCCAGCGUGCCCGUGCGCAAUAUGGGCAGCAUAGCCGGCAACCUGAUGAUCAAGCACGCGCACCACGAGUUCCCUUCCGACCUGUUUUUGAUACUGGAGACCACCGGCACUCAAAUUCACAUCCUCGAGACGCCAGGCGCGAAGAAGAGCAUAAUGCUACAGGACUUUCUGAAAACGGACAUGCGCCACAAGAUUAUUUACAGCGUGGUACUACCGGCAUUGUCCGACGAUUACGAGUACAGAUCCUACAAGAUCAUGCCUAGAGCCCAGAACGCCCACGCUCACAUCAACGCCGGCUUCCUCUUCAAACUCGACGGCGGCGGGAAGGUGCUGGAGAAACCCAACAUCACCUUUGGUGGCAUCAAUAAGGAUUUCUUGCACGCAAAAAAUACAGAGCAACUGCUGGUUGGUAAAUCUAUCCUUGACAAGAAAGUGUUAAAGACAGCUUUGGAAACGUUACAUAAUGAGUUGCAACCCGAUCAUGUACUGCCAGAUUAUUCGCCGGAAUUCCGUAAAACGCUUGCCGAAGGAUUAUUCUAUAAAUAUGUGUUGAGUAUCAAACCGAAAGACGUGAAUUCUAAACUUCGCAGCGGAGGCCCGAUAUUAAGUCGAGGUCUCUCCUCAGGUACACAAGAUUAUGAGACAGACAGAAAUGUAUGGCCAGUGAACAAGCCAAUCGUAAAGAUGGAGGCUAUCCAGCAGACAUCGGGCGAGGCUCAGUAUUGCAACGAUCUACCACCGUAUCCCGGAGAGGUCUUCUGUGCCUUCGUACUUACGAAAAUUGGUAAUGGCAAGAUAGAGAGCAUAGAUGCGAGCAAGGCACUCGCAAUGAAGGGCGUAGUGGCGUUCUAUAGCGCCAAAGAUGUCCCUGGCAAGAUUCUGCGCAUCUCACCCGCCGGGCAGAGGAUAGUGAUAAACGACGAGGCGUUGUUUGUGGAGAAAGACAUUCUCUAUGUCGGUCAACCGGUCGGCGUAAUCGCUGCCAAGACCCAUAAUCUGGCUAAUGAAGCCGCAAAAUUAGUGGAGGUCAAAUACAGCGAGACACUCGAGAGGAAACCGGUGAUAACUAUUGAGGAUGCGCUCGCCUCGAAGGACGAUUUCAGAAUCAUACCAGGCAUCAGUAUUCCAGCAAAAAAGAACCAAUGACAGAACCUGGAAUUAUAAACCGCCAGGGGUGAAGGAUAUUCCUGAAGACUUCCGCGUAUCUUUCCGCAGGAAUGCCCCUAAUCCACUCGGUGUUCUUCGAUCAAAAGCGACUGGUGAACCUCCACUUUGAAUGAGUUUUGUAAUUCCAAUCGCGAUUCGUUACGCGUUGAACUCCGCUAGAGCGGAGACGGGACGUAGGGACGAAUGGUACCAAUUAGAUGAACCAUUCACCAACGAACGCAUACUUUUAAACAGUUUAACCAGUAAAGAUAAUAUGAUACUGUGAAAGCAAAAGUGAGAUUAAGUAAACUAGGACUUAAACUUAUUUUUAUACUAUUCUAUUAAUAUUUGUCUCUUAAAUUGCUUCCAAACUAAACUAAAUUUUGAAAUCUUGUACAAGUCAAUUCACGCAACCUCCUUUUUUUAGAUAUAGAUCAAAUUUGUUAUUAUCUGGUUAAAUUAUAAUUAGACUGAUGCUUUAUUCAAUGGAAUUUUCCAUGAGUAAAUUUCUAUUAGAUAAAACAUCAGGUUGAGUUUCACCACAAGUUAAUCAAAUGAUGAAAAUCCACGUUAUAGAGAUAUUAUAAGAUAUAGAGACAUUAUGAUGUAAAAAUAAAAUCAAAAUGCGUGUAGUUUAAUUAAUUAAUAAAUUUUAAGCAAGA